UGGAGUGUAUAGGAUACAGUGUAACUCUUCAACACAUGGUGUUUAUACAGUAAAAGUACAAGUAUAUGAUGUACAACUUGAGGAUACCUCGGUAAUAGUCCCUUUUAAUCCUUACCUUGAUGACAUCACCCCAGUACAUACUAUAACUGAUCUUAAGCGUCCCUGGGGAGUUGCUAUAACUCCUGAUAAUCAUGUUAUAUUAACUGAGAAUUGGAGUCACUGUGUAACAAUGCUAGAUAGAAAAGGAAAGAAAGUGAAAUCAUUAGGAGGGAAAGGAGGAGGGGGUAAAGUUAAGUUUUUUUCUCCUCGUGGUGUAGCUAUUACUCCAGACAAAUUCAUACUUGUGUCUGAUAGUCACAGGAUCCAGAAGUUAAACAUGGUUGGAUACCGAAUAACGUCAAUUGGUAAGGAGGGCAGUGGACCACUACAAUUCAAGCAUCCUUCUGGUAUAGCCAUUUUCCCUCUCACGGGGCAAGUUUAUAUUGCUGAUGCUGGUAAUCAUCGCAUACAAGUUUUUAAUCCUGAUUUAACCUUCUCUCAUUCAUUUGGUAGUGAAGGAUCAGCUGAUGGACAGUUUAAGUAUCCCCUAGACAUUGCUAUUGACAGUCAAGGAUUAGUGUAUGUUGCUGACAGUUGGAAUCAUCGCAUUCAGAAGUUCUCUCCAGAUGGAAUGUUUAUGGGUCAGUUUGGUACUAGAGGAUCUGAUCCUGGACAGCUUAAUAGUCCAGUUGGUAUAACAAUAGACACUGCAGCUACUAGUCUAGUGUAUGUUAGUGAAGAGGGCAAUAAUCGCAUCUCAGUGUUCACUAGUGAUGAUGUUUUUGUUAGCCUGUUUGGAAGUAUAGGCAGUAAUAUUGACAAGUUUAAUGGCCCUAAUGGAUUAACAUUUAAUGAAGAUGGAUUCUUGUAUAUUUGUGAUUUUAGUAAUAGCCGACUUGUUGUUUAUUAAAGUGAUGAUUUGUUUUUUCUUGAAUUAUUAUAAUAAUAAUGUGACAAUUUAUGUACAUUUGUAUGUUGUAUUUUUAUUUUGACAAGUACAUUUAUGUUGCUACAAGUACAAUAUCAAACAUAAAUACUCUAGGAGGUCAUUAUGGCUAUCUUCGCUUCCAUUGUUUCAUUUUUCUACCCUAGUUUAUUGCAAAUUCUUCAUUUUUAUCACUCACUUUUGCUGUACCUUUAUUUACCUUCAUCUAACUACAUUGUAUCUUCUAUAAGAUAGCUCAUACAC